AUGUCCGAAAAGGGCUGCACAGAGAUGCAGUUCUCGAAAGCGAGCGUCACUGCGCCGCGAAAGACAAUCUCCCGGGUCGUGCUCAUGACGACCGCACGGAGCAACAACAAGGAGGAGGAGAGGAGGAAGUUUGAGGAGCUGGGGCAGGCGGUCGCCCGACAGAUGUUAGAGAUGGGGGUGAUUGAGGCGAGCGUGGUGGGGAGAAAGCUCGCGGGGAGGAACUCGAGGAGGGGUAAGGGUGCGGUUGUGGUCCUGGGAGAGGCCUUGGUGGAAUCCGGCUACACGGUAGCGUCCGCCUUGGUCUCCGAUGACCCACCCACCUUUACUCUGGCCCUCACCUCCUCCGCCAAGCUCACCACCCGCAAGAGGGGGAGAGAAGCUGCCGCCGAGGAAGGGGAGAAGAAGGAGGAAGAGGAGAAAGAGGAGAAGAAAGAGGAGAAAGAGGACGACGCCCCGCCAGCAAAACGUCCGAAGACACCCCCCCCCACCACCACCACCACGACCAAACUGCCUUCUGCAUCCCCCGGCAAAGGCAGCGAAGCGCGCUCGCCCAGAAAGCCGCGCUUCGUCUGCCACAGGCCGUUCUACUGCCCCGCGCUCUGCUGCUCGACUAAGCAGAACCGGCGCGGCUGUGCCAGCAAGUGCCCGCCGACAGCACCGCCCCCCCCACCCCCGACAACGCCCAGGAAGACCGACAAUGGCGCCGCCGUCUUCGCCAUCGCCGCCGACAUCAGCCCCCGGACCCAUGCCGCCAUCAUGGCCGUGCAAAGUGCCGAUGUCCAGGCACGGUUUGCCGCUGACGAGGCCUUUGCACGGGCCCUGAGCGGCCAGAUUAAUGGGACCACCGCCGCCGACAAGAAGCGCGAGUGGCUCGCUGACCUGCGUGCCGAGAAGGCCAGGGAGCGGGACGACGGGCUGGAAUCCGCAAUGGCCUGGGAGCGGUACAAGGAGGACCAGCGGGCGGAGCGCGAGGCUGUCGAGGUCAUGACAGCUGAGUGCGAAGACCGUUGGGACGCCGAACUGCCGUUCCUGUGGGACCACGAGGACACAAUGGAGGCUAUGGCGGAGGAGGCGAAGGGGAGGGCGAGCCCAGCGGAGGCGUGGGGCAUCCUGGAGGAGAUGCAGAAGGCGGAGAGGUUGUACCGGGAGGAGGCGGGGAGGAGGUGGAGGGAGAAGGGCCUGAGCCGGGUGGCCAGGGGCAAGCGGCCAGAGGGGCAGGUGGAGGAGAAAGAGGCGGAAAAAAGGGACGAAGAGAAAGAGGAGGAGAUCUUGUGUGCCGCCGAGCCGGAGCGGAAAAAGGAGGAGGAAGGGGAGGAGGAGGAGGAGGAGCAGGAGCAUCAGGAGGAGCAGGCACCAAGGCCGGAAGAGGGAGUAGACGCAGCCGCCCCGCCUGCGCUUGUCAAGCCCGUCCUGUACCAGGACAACAAGCGUAAGCGACGGUUCGUCGACAACCUCGACCGCGCCCCAGCCACCGCCACCACUGCCGCCGCCACUGCCAACGCCGCCGCCACCGCCCCCGACUACGCGGCCACGGGCAACAACAAGCGCCAGCGCCUAUUGGGGCCUGAGCAACCUGUUGCCGUGGUCGCCGCCGUCACGGUCGCCGCCGCCGCCGCAGCAGUAGCAGCAGCAGCAUCUCCGCCUCCGCCUCCGCCUCCCCCGCCACCUCCAAGCACACCGUGCUUCCCGCCAUCAACCGCCGGCAAGGUUCGCCGAACCCCAUACUCGCCACCCCGUCCGCUCGCCAAGGGUGCCUUCCGGCCUGACUACGUCCUGGCGCGCCCCUUUGUCCGCCGAGUUGGCAGAGAGGCCGCCUACGACAACCGGUCAAGGCGCCCGGCCGACCCCUUCCAGAGCGAAGUCGACUUCCCGCGCCACUAUGUGCGUGCCCGUGCGGUGAGGCGCAUCGCCUUCUUUGAGCGUCGUGGUGCCAGCGCAGAUUCGGACAAUCUGUUUGCUCCUAAGCCCGCGCUCUUGGAAGGACGCCUCCCGUCCAUGUGGACGCCCACGGCCGGGGAGUCGGACAGCGAGGGUGAGGUGGACCUAAAGACGGUCCACAAGAUCAACUUGGAGAGAAGGAAGGAGGCCAGGGCAGCUGGAACGGCGGCAGAGGUGACCCCCCCGAAGCUCUUCCUGACGAAGUGUAUGCCUCCGGGUGUUGCUGCGAUGGUUGGGGUGGAGGGGGCGGGAGGAACUUCCGUUGCCGUGGCCGGUGGGCGUCGUGCCGCUGGUAGGAGGGAGAGGGAGAAGCAGCGCGCUGCUCUUAACGGGGCUGGCGUCCCCGUGGUGUCGAGGGGGGCCUCGCGCUUCAAGACCGCCCCGGUCCGGGCUGGCGUCUCGACCGGCUUCGUGGAGAAGAGGCGGGUCAAGAAGCCGGCCAAGCUCGCGUCGUUGGGGCUUGCUGCAUUGGCAGUCAGCAUCAUGGGCAGCAUCGGCAGUCUUGGUGCGCAAGGCGGUGUCUCUAGCAAGGACGCUGUCGUGUGGCACGGGUCUGUCGGAGUUGCCCAUGGUGUUGACGGGCAGUGGAGCUUGCUCCAGCGUGAGGACGUGGACAUGGGCGGUCUUGCGGAGGUCGCGGAGGGGGGGGAUAUUGAAAUGGGGGGACAGGAGACCUCCGGGGACGAGGACGCAGAUACCGCAUCCGCGACCGUUUGGGGAAACGCGCACCCAACAACAAGUGGUAAGACCGCAGCUCCGGCUUUGGGCAGCUUGUUCCUGGGGCUUUCCCCACGGUGCGGCUAUUAG